UCUCCCUGUGACUCAAGGUUCAGCUCAAGGUAAAACACCACUUUGCGCUUCGAACUACGUAGUAAACGGCGUGUUCGAGCAUGGCAGGGGCCGCGAAGAAGUUUUACGAUCUGUCCGCCAAACUUUUGUCAGGGGACCUCCUAAAUCUUUCCUCUCUCAAAGGUAAAGUGGUGCUUAUUGAAAAUGUGGCGUCUCUUUGAGGCACAACAGUCAGGGAUUACACCCAGAUGAACGAGCUCCACAGCCGCUACGCUGAUCAGGGGCUCGUGAUCCUGGGCGCUCCCUGCAACCAGUUCGGACAUCAGGAGAACUGCAAGAACGAUGAAAUUCUGCUGUCUCUGAAGUCCGUCCGUCCUGGAAAUGGCUUCGAACCACAAUUCCAACUUUUGGAGAAGCUGGAAGUGAACGGUGCGAACGCCCACCCUCUGUUUAUGUUCCUCAAGGAGAAGCUGCCUCAGCCCAGUGACGACUCUGUGUCCUUGAUGGUUGAUCCCAAAUUCAUCAUCUGGAGUCCGGUGAACAGGAAUGACGUCUCCUGGAACUUUGAGAAGUUCCUCAUCGGCCCGGACGGGGAACCGUUCAAGAGAUACAGCAGAAGGUUCCUCACCAUCGACAUUGAAGCAGAUAUCAAAGAGCUUCUGAAGAGGACAAAAUAAACCUGGCAUCCUCCUGGUGUUGUGGCCAUGUGAGAAAACCGUCCAUUCCAUAUCACUUGUAGAGUGUUGUUUGAUAUAGGCCGACUGUGCAGACAUGAUUAAAGUGCAGCUGUUUUUUAGACUGUUUACUUAAUGAAGAUGCUUCCUAAAACCUUUUUGAGGGAAGCUUCUGAUGUAACUGUAAAUG